AUGUCUCCAGGACCAACAGCGCAAAGAUCGAGUGCUCUUCAAAGUCGAAUAACAAGUGUACUUGCUGCAUCCUACUCAGAUCUGGAAAUCCGAGACGCAUUGGAAACUCUGGAUGCGCGCAAAGUUCACAACACGGCAGAGACGAGGCGCAACCUUCGACUAGACGCACAGCAAGAACUGAUCCAAUGCAAUGGGGAGAUCAUUCGCGAUUUUGGACAAGUCGCAAAGCAACUGCAACGAGUAGGUGCAGCUAUCGAGGAGCUCAAUAAAUUGUGCUCAAGUAUGCGAUCGCACAUAUCCGCUGCCAACAGAGAAACUGGACCCAUGAUGGAAGAGAGUACAGCGAUGAUGACUCAAAGGCAGCAGACCGAGACUAAACAGCAAUUGCUGGGUGCUUUUACAUCUCACUUCCUUUUAUCAGAUGUGGAGGUCACCUCUCUGACAUCUACAGCGGAGCCUGUCACAGAUGCCUUCUUUCAAGCUCUGGCUAGGGUUAAGAAAAUUCACGAUGACAGUCAACUACUCCUGGGCACCGAAGACCAGCAACUCGGACUUGAAAUUCUGGAGCAAAGUUCAAAACAACUCAAUGCCGCUUUCCAAAAGCUGUUCCGCUGGACCCAACGAGAGCUUCGUGAACUGGAUCUUGAGAACCCUCAACUUAGCGCUUCUGUCAGGCGCGCUCUUCGUGUGCUGGCUGAGAGGCCUGCGCUCUUCCAAAGCUGUCUUGACUUCUUUGCCGAGAAUAGGGAGCAAGUGCUUUCGGACGCCUUCUACGCAGCACUCACAGGAGGACCCGCUCAGCGCAUAGGAGGCCCUGCUCUGGGCAAAGCAAUUGAACUAAGCGCGCACGAUCCGCUGCGUUAUGUUAGUGAUAUGCUUGCCUGGGCGCACGCGGCUACAGUGGGCGAGCGUGAAGCUUUGCAAAUUCUAUUCAUUUCUGAUGCGGAUGAGAUAUCAAAGAACAUCAAGGCAGGCCGUGAACGUGAACCGUGGUUACAGAUUACCGAUGGAACCGAUGGUGAAGAAGUUGCAGCCUUUGAUGGCAAGAAAGCGCUCAAUGACCUGGUUGAUCGCGACUUGUCCGGCGUACUUCGUCAACUGCGUCAACGUGUCGAGCAGACUGUGCAGAGUCAUGAAGAUGCAACGCUAGCCUAUCAGAUCUCGAAUCUCGUCCGAUUCUACUGUUCUAUCUUUGUACCUCUCCUUGGACCGGAUUCGACAAUAGUCCAGACACUGCAACCUAUUACACAAAAGGCGUUCGAGCAAUUCAGAACGCUGAUGAGAGAUCACAUUGCCAAUAUUCAUAGCGAUGUUUCAGUCACACCUCUGGACCUCUCACCGCCCGACUUUUUGUUGGAAGCACUCGACACACUUAAAGGCUUGAUGAAGAGUUACGAUACAUCACUGGCCAACACAUCUCCAAGCGAUGACCGAUCUGGUUUCCAGAGCGUGCUUGAAGAAGCGCUUGGACCAUAUCUGGCAGGCUGCGAGACCAUUGCUAAGGGUAUGGGAUCACCACAGAGUCAGAUACUUGGCAUCAAUUGUCUUCUGGCAACCAUAGAGACACUCAAGGGCCGAACUUUCACAGAAGACAAGAUCGUUGAGAUUGAAGGAGUGUUGGAUGAGCAGCUCGAGAGACUCGUAGAGACGGUGACUGGAUGGUUCGAGUCAGAAUCUGGGCUCAAGCGACUCUUCGACAGUCUUGAAGAGUACAGACACACCAACCUCGGUCAAGGCAUCAGUGGCAUCCGGAAGCUGAGGGAGAUGCAACCAGACCGCCUAGCAGACAUGGCACAGAAGUUAGAUGCCUUCCUACCAGGAGCAAUGGAGGAUGCCAGAUCCUUCAUCGGCAAGCUUGCAGAGAAGAGGAUGGUGCGCAGGGUAUGCGAAGAUGCAUCGAACGUGUUUGUCACAAAGUUCGAAGCAGCCGAAAGAGUCAUGAUUGGCUUGGACGAGAUGACAUUGGCCGAGCAAGGAGAAGAGAUUGAAGAAGGCAUGCUGCUCCGCGACAUGUUCCCUCGCACAAGUGACGAAAUCAAGGUGCUGCUCAGCUAG